GUCAGCCGUGGACCAAUCAUCGCUCAGCUAGUUUGGUUUCGCUUGCGAGCCGGUUGUUGCGGCUUGUUGUACGGCUGCCAAUAUGGUGCUGUCCGAGCUGGCUGUGGAGCGGCAGAUAUUCUACGCCGUGCUGCUCUUCUCAUGGGUCGUGUACGUGUGGGAGGCCUAUCUAGCCAGCAGGCAGAGAAAGGUUUAUGGAACUACAACACAUGUGCCUGCUGAACUCGGUAAUAUUAUGGAUCCAGAAACGUUUGAGAAAUCUCGACUUUAUCAGCUUGAUAAAAGUACUUUCAGUUUUUGGUCUGGAUUAUACUCUGAAAUAGAAGGCACGCUCAUCCUUGUUUUAGGAGGCAUCCCUUUCCUUUGGAGUGUAUCAGAACAUAUACUGGUUCGUGCAGGCUUCACUCCAGAGUAUGAGAUUACUCAGUCACUGGUAUUCCUGUUACUUGCCACUCUGUUCAGUACUGUGACUGGACUUCCAUGGAGCUUAUACAGUACCUUUGUUAUUGAAGAAAGGCAUGGCUUUAACCAACAGACCCCAGGGUUCUUCUUCAAGGAUGCCAUAAAGAAAUUCUUGGUCACGCAGUGCAUUCUUCUCCCAGUUACAUCUCUCUUGCUGUAUAUAAUCAAGAUGGGUGGUGACUACUUCUUUGUCUAUGCAUGGCUCUUCACUCUGGUGGUGUCUCUGGUACUUGUGACAAUAUAUGCAGAUUAUAUUGCACCCUUGUUUGAUAAGUUCACCCCACUUCCUGAAGGAGAAUUAAAGGAUGCUAUUGAAACAAUGGCAAGAAGUAUUUUCUUCCCACUGACCAAAGUUUAUGUUGUUGAAGGCUCAAAACGGUCCUCGCACAGCAAUGCAUAUUUUUAUGGAUUCUUUAAAAACAAGCGAAUUGUUUUAUUUGACACUCUUCUGGAGGACUACUCGCCACUAAACAAAGACAGCACAGAAGAAACCUCAGAAAAUGAAACUGCUGAAGUGAAGUUCAAAGCCAAAAAUGCUAAUAAGAAGCAAGGCUGCAACAAUCCUGAAGUUCUGGCUGUUCUGGGACAUGAACUGGGCCACUGGAAGUUGGGUCACACUGUAAAGAACAUAGUCAUUAGUCAGAUGAAUUCUUUUCUCUGUUUUUCCUUAUUUGCUGUGCUCAGUGGUCGAAAAGAACUUUUUGCUGCAUUUGGAUUUCACACAGCACAACCCACUCUCAUAGGCCUGAUGAUCAUAUUUCAGUUCAUCUUUUCUCCAUACAAUGAGGUGCUUUCGUUUUGUCUGACUGUGCUGAGCCGGAGGUUUGAGUUUCAAGCUGAUGCAUUUGCUAAGAAUCUGGGAAAAGCCAAAGAUUUGUAUUCUGCCCUAAUUAAGCUAAAUAAGGAUAAUUUAGGGUUCCCCGUAUCAGAUUGGAUGUUUUCAAUGUGGCAUUACUCUCAUCCUCCCCUGCUGGAGAGACUGCAAGCUCUAAAAGGUGACAAGCAAAACUAACAGUGUUUUGCAAUCACCAGAAGAUGAACCAAGAAGAAAAUGUUGCACCAGUAUCAUUCGGUUGCUUUUUGUCCCCUUCUGUCAUUUUGAAAUCUUUCGUGGUGCACUAACAAUUUAUGAUUCUAAAUGUAUCUGUGAUACAUUACAUAAGGGACAUUUUAAGGACCUGCAAAGAAGUGUAUAAAAUGUAAAUUACAUGGGUUUUCUUAAACUAGUUUAUGCUUUUAAUUGACAUGUAUACAAUCAUAAGAGCCUUAUUUUGCCUUUGUGUUAAUUUAAAUG